AGCAGUAGGCGAUGCCAAUUACUUUUACGAAAAUCAAGUCAAGCCACACAAAUUUCUUAAAUUGACUGCAACUUAUUUCAACUCAGAGAUUCGUGGCGAUACUAUUUACCCUUGCAACAAUAUUUCUUCGACACAUUCCAAAAAAUAUAUGUCUUAGCUUAGUUUUAUGUUUUAAACAAAAACAUGGAAAAACAAAAGAAUCGAUCUUCCUUGACCAAGCCGUUGCGUCCUGUGGUAAUAUCGGCCAAGCGCUUUGAUGACAUCCAGUCGAGAGCAAAGAACGAGAAGAAACUAGCCCAAUUGGCAGCCAUCGAAGAGGAACAUCGUUAUAGACAAUAUCUGAAAGAGGGCAACGAUCAUCUAUGCAGUUUUUUCAAGGAGAAUAUUUUGAAACGUAAAGCCGAUGCAGAGGCAAAAAUACAGUACCAAAUACCCGAGGCAGACCAACAACAGGAGAAUGAGACCAAAUUGCUACAAGAUCAUUUGCGUAGAGAGCGCAUUGUCAGAGCCAAUAAAAUGCUGCAACAACUUAAGCCCGGACCAAGAGCCCUACAUCAGGCAUUACUGGAGAGCGAUUUGAUCCAUCAGAGACAUUAUAACGAGGCUCUUAAUCGUGAGAUUGCUCAAGCAGCCGCCGAUCAACAGAAGCUGGAUGAACAACAAUGUCCCGAGAUAUUGAUACCCUUUACCAAAGCAACUGAGGCCGAGGAGGUGGCACAAGAGAAGGCAAAAGUGCAGACAUUCCGUAAGGAUCUGAUGCGUGAUAUGCAGAAAAGAUGCCGAAAUAAGUAUGAAACUCGCUUGCAAGAGCUUUGCGAAGGUGCAAUGGAAAGAGUACAAUGCCAAGGCAUAAUAAACGAACAGGAAAAGGCCGCAAAGGAAUUGAGGGCACGCCGACAUGAUUUUGGACGCAAUGCCUACAAAGAGGCGCUCAAAGAAAAGGCAGAAAGGGCAGAACAUGAGCGCAUUUGCGAUGCGAUUGAUGAUCGUCGAAAUUGUGUGUAUCUCGUGGCUAGUCGCAAUCUAAGUUCACGCUACAAUACCCAUGUGAAGCAGAUGCGAGCCGAUCAAAUAGCCGCUCGAGAGGCUCGAGCUGUGCGUGUUUGUCAAAUGCAACAAGCCAAAAAACGUCAGACUGAAGAUAGACAACACGUUGAGGAAGAUCGUUAUGAAUUUGAGAUCAAAGUUGAUGAAGAACGUCGCCAAUGUGAGCUAAGAGAAUUGGCCAAUCAGCGCAAAGCCUAUCAACUGGAAGAACAACGAUUGGCCAGAGAGAAACGCCAACGUCGAGAGGAAAUUGAACGUUUUGAGCUUGCGAGACGUUUGAAGAACUCCGAAGCCAAUAGGCACUUCAAAAUACUAGAAGAAUGUAAUCAAGAAAAGAUCAAGAGCGAUUUACGUAAGACUCUCCAAUGUCAGCGAGAUGAGUUCAUGGAGCAACGUCGUCUGGAACUGAUGCGCAUUAGUGCCUGUAACGAUGAUCCCUAUCUGGAGGAUGAUAAGAACUUUUUUGCCCAAGCGGUCGAUGUCAUGGACAAAUCAUGUGAAGUCGGACGUCCUCUCUAUCCCAUAGCCAUGGCUGCAGAUCGUUAUCAACGUGAGAAUAAUCUAGAUCUGCGUCCAGAGGCAAAGGUGGUUAGGCGUAGUAAAUUGCGUGACUAUUGCUGGCCUGGUUUUGUCUCAAAGGCAGAUUUGGCCUAUCGUAAAUACGAGCAGCGCGAAAAGUGCCGAGAGGCCACGGAGCAUGAUCGUGAUCAGAUCUACUUUAACGCAAUUAAGAUACAGAAAAUGGCAUCGGCAGAGAGACCAUAUAAGCCUUGCAUUUCAUCAUGUCCCAUCAAAUGUUUUCGUGAAAAUAACAUGCAACCCAAUAGGAAAGUGGAUAUCGGGAAGUGCGCAGAAAAAGGACCGCCACCUGUGCCGCCAGUUGAUACAUAUCCUCCGGCAAACUUGAGACUCUCCGAUGCAAAAUGUAAAAUGCUAAGCGUGGUCCGUAAAGUUCUCAAUGGAAUGAAAAUUGAUGAAAAGCUGCCUGCACCAGGGCCACCUCAACCACCCAAGGACAAGGAAGAUGUAGUUGUACCUGUCCCAAUUUUAAUUCAGGUCGCAUCGAAUCCUGCGCCCAGUGGGGAACCAGAAGAGGAAGUUACUUCGAAGAAGAAAAGAAAACGCAAGUCAAAACCUGCAGAGACUGUGAAAAGUGGUUUUAGUGGUGGUCCACCGCCUGGCCAAGAUCGGCCUGCCGAUAUUCCUGAUCCCAAAGGAACUUGGGGUAAAGGUCCACUGAAGGCACUGCCCCCUCCAAAGCAGCCUAGCAAACGUCCAAGUGGUUUCACAGGUGGUCCACUUCCCGGACAAACUCGUGCCGCUGAUGUGCCCAAUCCCAAAGGAAAAUGGGGCGAUGGGCCCUUAAAGGCUCAACCCAUUCAACCUCAACAGCCCACCAAGCGUCCAAGUGGAUUUACAGGUGGUCCACUUCCAGGUCAAAAUCGCGCUGCCGGCAUCCCAAAUCCCAAGGGCACUUGGGGCGAUGGACCUUUAAAGGCCCAAACUAUCCAGCCCGCUCAAACUGGACCAGCUCCUGGACAUAACAAUUCUACAGGCAUUCCACAAGCCCGAAUAAUCAUACGCACUGUUUCCAUGUUGCCCCAGUCACAACGUCCUGUGCAGCAAACAAGGCGUUCUCAAGGUUUUACAGGAGGACCGCCUUCUGGACAAAAUGUUCCUGCACCUAUACCAAAUCCAAAAGGAACUUGGGGAACUGGUCCAUUGCAGGAGCAAGCUAAACAAUUCGAAAAGAAACGAUAAGACACCGCUUAAAACGAAAAAAGACCAACCAAUUUCCAAAAUUUACGUUUCAAUUCCUCUAUUUAUAUCGAUGUUUAUCCCUUUUCGUGAGUCAGCAAAUAAAUAAAAUAGAAAAUCAUAAAGAGAA